AUGAGUGCCCGCUCAUCCACCUGGUCCGAGUCUGCAUCCUCAGAGCUCGACCCGCUCUUCCUCUCGCUCAAGGAGCCUGCAACCCCACGAAACACCCGCCACCGUCUCUCCCAUGGCCUCUCCCCGCCCUCCUCGCUCAGCGACUCGCCCCCGGCCCUGCCCGCCACCGUCAACUUCCCGCUCCCGCCCCGCAGGCUCCGUCCAGGCGAGCUCAUCGGCAUCCCCGAGCCCAUCGCCGCCGCCAUCUCGCCCACCCACCGCACCGAAACCCUGCUGGCCCCGGUCUCGCUCUAUGGCGUGGCCAUCGGCGGCAACAACCCGAUCAAGACCAACCCGGCCAUCAACGGCCGCGCCGAGGUCAAGACCGCCGGCCUGACCUCGCUCGAUCUGAGGAAGAUGAGCCUCCGGAACCGCUCCAGCGGCUCCAUCUCCCACAUCCCGCCCCUGCCCCCCCCUCCAGAAACAAUCAGCCUGCGCGCCCGGAACCCGAGCCGGAUGCUUGCCCCUCAUCUCCCCCCCUCCGUCCACUCCCCCCCCGCCCGGUCCUACUCCCACGACCAGCCUGCCCUGCCUCGCUACCAGCCUGCGCUGAGCCGCUCGGCCACCCAGCUACCACCCACUCACUCGAUCGACAGGCCCGCUCGUCCGGUCCCUCGACUACCCCCCACCCGGCUGGCCUACCAGAGCCUCAGCUAUAAUCUUACCAACACCCCCGAGCCUUUCUCCACAGGCAGACAUCCCCUCUCCGAGGCCAUCCCCUCUGAUCUGAACAUCAACCCCAACUCCCUCCUUCGUCGCCAUCCCCUGCUUUCCUCCUCCCCCAUAACUCAGAAUGAGCCUGACAGCCUACCACUAACGAUGUAUUCAGAACUAGGAAAAAUCACAGAUAGGUCCAACGGUCGCAUCAAAUUCGCUCCCCUUCCCAAUAAGCCAAACCCUGGUGGUCUCUCAGUCUCCCCAUCUCUCAACCUUUCCGAAUCACAGAAUAACAAUCCGUCAAGGCAGAGCCCGAGGAAAAAGGCUGCUUGGAUUCAGCGCUGGCUCACACCUGCGACGAAACCUUUGGCAGCCAAACCCAAACCGGACAUCUCCUUACCGGUACCUGAGACUUUGAUCCUUACGGGUACUGGAGCGGCCAAGAGCACCGCUUUAGUAUCUGCGCCAACCGUCAAGCGUCGGAGCAGUGUGAAUGAUCAAGAGAGCCCUCUGAAGCCUGCAGUGAGACGCGAGCGGCCCCGCUCUCGCUCCUUCUCGGCAGCCCGACCGAGCUUGGGUAUGGUCGCCAGCCUGGUCCGCACGCCCUCCCGUUCCAUUCAAGACACCGUCACAUCGGGCAAACAUCUGCUUACCGGCUCCCAGUGUAUCGUCAGUCCGGUCAGAGCGCAUUCCCUGCACAACCUCAUAGGGUUUCAUCCAGUCGCAGAAUGCCCCCCGAACCCUAGCUCGAGUCCACAGCCACCUCCAAGCUCAGAAGUACCGGCUGAGAACAGUAAGAUAACGCUCGGGAACACCACUCAAUCUGAGCUCACCCAUGCCACGGAUGUCGGGAACCUUCAGCAUGUCCCAAUAGCCAUGUCCAACGAAGAGGAGGAGGCAGACAGAUCGGCGAAGACGAAAAAGAAGCGGGAGAUUCGUUUCCGAAAUACCUUGGAAUUGAUCCCCGACCUGGUCUUUCCAGAUUCCCCACUUGAAGAGACCCACCCUGUGGAGAGCCCAGCCCAGGCCCGUAGCGAGCCUUUUGGCUACCAGGCGAGCCAGCCUGACAUACACGCCAUGGAUCUGAUGGGUGCUGAUCACAAGAGACGCAAGACCCCGAUGAAGAACCUCGGCCUGUUCAACCACCUGCGCAGGCCUCGAACGGCCGAUACGUACACCGGUGACGAGCCGUCCGGAGCUAGCCGUGCCCAUGAAUAUGGCCGCAGGACUCUCCAGCCUCUCGGCUCCUCGCUCUCUCACCCUGUCAUUCAGCCCAUGGCCGCCCUCCUGCCCAUCAAGAGCCGCAACAAUCAGCAGCUUGCUGUCCCUGCUGAGGACGGCGUCAGCCUCGCCAGCAGGAAACUCGCCCCCAAGAUCAAUCUCACCUUUGUCGACUUGGACCAUCACAUCGGCUCCAGGUUCUCGGUUAAUACUCUGCUCAGGGAAGUUCACAAGUCAUUGCCAGAUGUCAAACCGAAUGAAGACAGUGAUCAUGAUAGUCAGGGGCCAUCCAACAUUGGCCAACGUCCUAGCCAACCGACCCGGCUCGAGAAUCCAGCACGACAAUUCUCGGACCCGGUGACCCGACAGGAGAUAGAGCUUCAGCGUCAGGAACCGCAGGGCUCGGGGAGCGAGCUGCGCUCAGACGGACGGGAUGGAUCAUCCUCAGAGAAUCUAGGAAGCCCGACGACGGCGACGAGCGUGUCGAAUCCGACGGAGGUGGAGACGGCCGAGCCGAUGGUGCACCACAGCGGGCACGACUCGAUCAUUGAGGUGGUGAAGACGAACGGAGCGGAUGUGGUCUUCCAGAUGGUGGUUCCGGUCGCCGGGCCGGUGGCCAAGCCGACGCAGCCGCGCCAGCCCGGUCGACGGAAGGAGGCGGCCAGCAGCCGGCUCGAGGUGCCCGAGAUGGCCCACGAGGAGGACGCACUGACGGUGAUCUCGGAGCGCCUGGUGGCCCUGAACAAGUCGAUCGAGGCCCACGAGGGCCAGCGUAACAGUCGGGCCCAGACGCCCGACCAGCAGCAGCAGAGUCUUCCCGUCCGACGCAGCCCCAGCUCCAGUAGAUCUCCCGCCCCACUCCUUCCUGCUGCUCCUGGCGUCGUCACUCGUCGCAAAACUAAGCGCAUCGAAAACUGGCUCUCCAACGUCCCCUCCCCUCAAACCUCCCCCGCUCCAACCGUCCACGAAUUCUUCCCCCAAAGCCAACACUCCGACCAGAUCCUCCAUCAUAACCAGCUCCUCCUCUCCACCAGACUCCAUCAGGAAGUCCUCGACCAUCCCGACCUCCUCGAUUGCCCCGAGUCCCCUAUCGAUAAACUCCAUCGCCAUUUGCCCUCAAGACUGACCAUGCAUCGAACCUCCCGCUCUCCAACUCCCACCCGCGCUUGA